AUGCAGAUCUUCGUGAAAACCCUAACCGGGAAAACCAUCACCCUCGAGGUUGAGAGCAGUGACACCAUCGACAAUGUAAAGGCAAAGAUUCAGGACAAGGAAGGUAUUCCACCGGAUCAGCAGAGGUUGAUCUUUGCCGGAAAGCAACUUGAAGACGGCCGAACUCUUGCUGAUUACAACAUCCAGAAAGAGUCCACUCUUCAUUUGGUGUUGAGGCUAAGGGGAGGAAUCAUUGAGCCCUCUUUGAUGGCAUUGGCUAGGAAAUACAAUCAAGACAAAACUAUUUGUCGCAAGUGUUAUGCUCGUCUGCACCCAAGGGCUGUGAACUGCAGGAAGAAGAAGUGUGGCCACAGCAACCAGCUAAGGCCGAAGAAGAAGAUUAAGUAG